AUGGCAGAGCAAGAUCAUGGUACUUCGGAGGCAGUAGAUGAAGAAGAGAUUGAGGAGGGAGAUAGAGAAGAGAUGACAGACUUGGCCACAAUGUCCUCUAAAAGCACUUUUGAAUCGGAAAGUCUAGAGGAACUUGAGGGUAGUGGUCGUCUGACCCAAGAAAGUGAAAGCAGCCAGCCCUGCCUGUCUGAAAAAGGUUCAGAGGAACUUGAUGCCUCACAUACUGUCACCUGCACAUUCGCAGUUUCACUAGCUGUCCCUUUAGUGGUUCCAAAACGCAAGCGAAAGACAUCAGAUGCAGCUGAAGUGCGAAGAGGUAGUAUUCCAGAUCCCAAACAUGGAGCUAUUCCAAGAAUGCGACGUUACUAUCAUAUUGAGUAUUACCUUCUACCUGAUGACAUUGUACCUGGCAAACUGGAUUUGGUGUUGUUUGGGAUGAUUGCAAAGCUAUUUACAGAAUCUGAUUCCAAGACUAUUGCACCAUGGUUGGAAAAUAACAAGAUCUGGGUAUCAUGGAACUGUAGUAUUGAUAUCAAUGUCACCAAUGAAUAUCUGAUGAAACUAAGAGAUCACAAAAUAACUUUAAAACUCUGGGAUUCCAAGGACAAAGUUUCUUCAAAAGCUAAAAAUAGUCAACCAAAGGCUUUUUCUUCUCAAGUAGAGGAAGUGGAUGCUGUUGGUGGUGUAAAAUCCACAGUACUGUUACAAAGAAAAAUUUUUGAAGAGACUCAGCCAACACCCAGCUGUACUAAAGUUAGAGGAGCGAUGGAAUCCAGGGCACAGAAGGAGUCUCCAGUCCAUCCUGCUGAAGAAAAAACUUGCCCGAAUGGAUCACCUACAUUUAGUUAUGGCUUACCACAUCCUUCAAGGACAGAAGACUCGCAUACAAUGAGCAUGCCGUUUGCUAAAAAUAGAUUACUGAAUGAAGUCCCACUUGUGAAGCAGAAGAUAGUUGCUGGUCCUCUGGAUAAUGCAACUUCAGAAAAAAAUGAGAAGACAAAAGAUAACUUGGGAAGUCUGACAUAUCCAGAAGACCAGACAGUUACUACAAGUGGGGAAGGAAGUUUUGAUCCCAGAAAAAUAACUGCUGCAGGCAACAAAAGAUUGUUGACCUUUGUAAACCUUGUUAACACGCAAGCCGUGUUCCUGGCUAUGGCAAAGAAAUAUGGCAUUGCUUCACUGCAGCUGGAUCUCAUGCCUCUCCUUGCAGGGGAAAAGUCUGUGAUCAGUCGACUGGAAGAAAAUAAUCCUAAAGUUUUAGAUGCCUAUAUGAGUUUCACUGUAGCAACACCUCUUCUAUCUGAAAGACAAAGACAUGAAUUGAAUCCACUUGUUAUAAAAAUCCGUUCAGCUACCUGCCUCCCAAAUACACCUGUACCAAUAGAAGUGCUGCAGAAAAUGUGUGUUCCCACUUACUGCAAGUACAAAUUUCACAACUUUCCAGUUCAUCAAACUCAUGGACAAAUCCAUGGAACUCAUGUCUACUUUAAGGAUGCUAACGUGCUUCUAACAGGGAUGAUGAAACCCGAAGAAUUACAAGCCUGUCUUAGAGGUCCACCUAUAGAGGUUGAAGUUCAUGACCGUGAUAGAAACAUGGCAAAUGACACAAGGAAACCGUGUUUGUUUGGGGAGGAUCUAGCUGAUGAAAAGGUGGGCGAGGUAAGCCUUCUUGCUUGCAAAUCCACAGUCUGUAACUCAUCUGCAGAGAAGAAACCAUGGCAUCCGCAUGGGAUAGCUAAAGUCAGUCUUGCUGAUCUAUUGUUGGGCAAAAAGUGCCUGAAUAUCAGUGCACCAAUUCAUAGCUGCUCAGUUCCAAAUGUASCUGCCUGCAAGGAGGAGGAUAAAAAUGAGAGAAUAGUAGGAUCUGGUGAUAGUUUUUCUCUAAUGCCUAUGGGGCAUUAUCUAGAGUCAGACUCCCUUUUGAAAGUAAGAGUGGAAAUAGCUGUACCAUUGGGACUGCAAGCUGAAGUCACAAAUUACCCAUAUGGCUGCAUAAUCUAUGUUUUUGACUAUAACAAUGUAUCAUUAUUACAUGAUUUGGUGGAAGAGAUUACCGCAAUCAAUGCAGAAGCCCUCCAGCUGGACUGUUAUCCUAUGCCAUUAAUCCAGAUGGCUCUGGCUACCUUAAAAAUGAAAACCACGCUUAAGGAAUUUCCUGAGCUGGAUAUCAUUACUGGUUUUCAUGUGCUGGAUGGAGCAGUUCAUCUCUUUGUCUUGGAGGGAUUCAAAGACAAAGCAAUCAAGAGACUCUGGGAUAGACACUUCGAAAGAACUUACAGACCGGGAGAUGGACAAUUGGAAAUACUGUAUAAUUCACAACUGUCUUUCCGUCAGCGCCUGUACCUAGAUCUGGAAGCUGUGCUGUAUCACUUCCGCCUCUGUAAGCCCCUCUUCACUAUAACGAAACAGCCACUGCUUUAUGUCAGAGGUAUGGUUCCUCAGGCAUGUUUCCAGGCCUUGUCCAGGUCUGUUUUUAGGCUCAGUUACCUCUGUCACAGUAAAAGGUUGAGGGAUGUUAUUCAUGAGGAUUUGUUGCCCUCAGCAGAAAUGAUCACAAUCUUGAGUCAAGAGUUUGGAAUUCCAUUAACUAAAAAGGAUCUGUUCACUCAGAAACCUUCAUUAGUCCCGUUUUCCUCUGAUUCUUUUACAAUACCACAAAGAGUUAGCCGAGUGAAACAGGCAGUAUAUUCUACAUUAGAUAACCACAAUGAAAAGUAUGUGCAGUGGAAGAAAGAAAUAGAAGGCAAAAUAUCCUCUGAGAGAAACCAUAUUGUGGCCAACAUUGACACCGUAAGACAACUCAAAGGAAAGGUAAAACACCCCAAGUUUGAAACCUUCAGGAUUUUUCCUGCUGAUGGCAAAUCUGUUUAUAACUACAGUUCACAGGGCCUGAAUUCUGCAGAACUUGCAAAGAAGCAUCUUCGCCAGGAAAUGACAAAGAAACCAAAGAAGAGGUUCACUUAUUGCCAUGAAUAUCUAUCAGCUAUGUUUGAUCCAGUAGAUCUGGUUGCUGCUUAUAAAGAGUACUUGGCAAAAUCCAAAAGUAUGUGGCAGUCAGGAGAUGGAUUUGUUUUUCCUGGUUUUAAGAGCAGUAUUGAAAGCAACUUGCACCCUCAAAUGCCUGAUGAGGCACGUGUGAAGGAGUUACAUGAGCAAUGGCAGGAGAAUGUUCUGUUUGGUAACAUGGAGCCAGUUCUGUCACGAGACAGAUGGGGUUGGGACGAGCGACACAUUGAUUUUGAUCUUUACAAGAAACCGCCUGAGCCACUCACGACCACAGACCUGCAGCGAGACAAUAUGUCAGUUCUGCAGCCUGUGUUUGAUGACACCAAGCUGAAAGUUCAUCGGUGCUCGCCGGCAGCUGAGCUGCGCUCACGUGGGCCAGGAGCCAGUUUUCAGCUGCAGAAACUCCAAGGACUUCUGAAAGACAAACCGCUGAAGUUCUCGCUCAGGAAGCCAGGCCUCAUUUUAAAGCCUAUCCCAGCCCUGGCGGUGCUGGACAGGCCCCAUGAUAUGCAGGGAAAGAGGAAGAGCAUCACGUGUGGCUUUGUACCCUGCUUCAGUGACCACCGCAGCUUGAAGUGCACCAAGAACAUAAUCCCCUACCAGAGCAGAGAACGGGAGAAGUUUGAAAAACUCAAAGGCACAGACUUCAAACUGCUUUGCUAUAACCAUUCAUUCAUUUACAAGAGAAAACCAUCAGCACAAGGAGGUCGCUCUAGUAUCCUUGCACAACAGCAGGACCCUCUCCAGAAUGAUAUGGAGCCAACAGUUACUCUGGAUGCAGGUAAUCUCAAGAACAACAGAGGAGUGGUAACAUCUGUUACCUAUGACCUACAAUUACUGUCUUCCUACCACGAUCUGGCCAGUGAACACUUCCUAAAGGGCUAGGAACAGUUGCUUAACUGUUGACCUUGUCACUGAAUGAUACUGAGGUUAUUUAGGCAAAAGG